AUGGACGACCCGCGCGGAAGAGGAGGUGCAGGUGGUGGAGUUUCGCCAAAGAAACAGGGUUACCCGCGUCGGACAGACCGCGGUUCGCCCACUCGUGGCCGUUCGCAGAUGGCGAUUAGAAAUAUUUAUACCCUCCUUCUCAUCCUGGCCAUCUGCGGUGUAGCUAUCGCGCCGCGUUUGUGCGCGGCCGACCCCGAUUCGACGGCGCGAGUCGCAGGGAGAUUGAACAGCAUUAGCAGGCCGUUCUCGGCGGCUUCUGACGUGGCGGCAGUACAGAACGAUCCCAUGAACUAUAAUGACCUUCCCGAGACCCCUCUUUAUUAUCACACGCUUAUUCAGAACGUUCUUGCAGAGGCGCCUCGCGCAGCGCUAUUGGAGCACACCCGAUUCAGUCACGCCGACCUGUUGAAUCGCGCCGGCCGUUUGAGUCACGCCGACCGUUCGAGCCACGUGAAGCGCCGCGCGCUGCAAGCCCUGCAGAACGUAACUCUCGCUCCGAACCGCACGCAUCGCAAGAACCCCCUCGACGGACUUAACUACUACACGGGCGGCUGGAACCCCAGCAGCAAGGACUAUUGGGCGUCAGUCACGUGGUCAGUGGUGUACGCGCCGCUGCUCGGGCUGCUCUGGCUGAUUCUGGGCCUCGGGAUUGUCGGAUUCUCGCUGCUCACCUGCCUGUGCUGUCGCGACAAGUGGACCGAGAUGAGGGACCCUGCAUACGCCAAGUACACCAAGAAGGACCUCUGGGUGCCGCUGGGGUUCAUGCUCCUCGGGAUUGUCGCCGUGCUGGUGGGAUUCUCUGUGAUGCUCGCAGGGGGCGUGCAGCUGAGGAACCGAGUGUACAAGGUGACGGACUUUAUGACAGAAACGGUCGACUUCACGGCCAACGUUGUCUUUAACCUCACCAAAAUCGUCGAGACCAGUGCCUCAAUCAACAUCACCAACACCGUCAUCCCACCUGCCAAGAAGGCAGACAUAGAGAGCAAGGCGAGGGUGGCGAAUGAGACGGCCACGGACCUGCAGGCCAAGACAGCGGACGGCAUUGUCAUUAUCAACGACGCUCUCAGAGUAGUCACACUCACCUUCUCCAUCAUCGGAUGUAUCAUCACCGCUCUCUGCAUCUUCGCCCUCCUGUUUUCUCUUCUCAAAUGGGCCGUCGCAUCCAAUGUCGUCGUCACUAUAAUAUGGGUGGUGGUCUUCUUUACUUGGUGCACUACAGCCGGUUUAAUUAUUGCAUAUUUGGUGAAUGGCGAUACCGAUGUGGCAUUAGAUGAGGUGCAGCAUUCGCCCACCAUGGUCAGCGCCAUGGACAAAUACCUCCACUGCAUCCCCAGCGAUAAGAUUGUCAACACCACCCGCUACGCGCGCUACACCGCUUCCACCGUGCUCACCACUGCCAACACCUCUGUCGCCACCAACGCACCCAAGGCCUUUGAAGCACUCAACGCUACGAGCGGCAUCUGUGUGCCGUACGGCCCGCCACCCGACUACACGCGCGACAUGAGCUACUGCGGUCCAGGCACCAUCACCUUCCAGCAGAUGGUGAACGGACUAGGAGCGAUGGCCAACAGCAGCGACGUGGUGCCAGAGGCUGUGAAGAACGACCUGGCUGCUGCUGCCACCACGCUCUCUCUGCUCGAGUCCACCAUCCCCAACGUCCUCUUUCUCGCCAACUGCUCCUACGUCGCUGAAAUCGCCCAGUUUGCAUUGAACGAGGUUCAGGCGAUGGUGACGGAUUUCCAGAUGCUGUGGAUCGGCUUCCUGGUCAUCACCAUCGCCUGCAUGAUGCAGGCCCUCUCCAUGCCUAUCUACGUCUUCCGAGCCGUCAGGAUCGGCAACAGGCUUGCUGACGACGAAGCUGAGGGACUCUACAAGGCUUCAGCUGUUCCAGUCGCAUACCCAGCAGAAGGGGAGGUGGCUACCGCGCCGCGUCUGUGCGCAGCCGACUCGGAUUCGACGGCGCAUAUUGCGGCGCGGUUGAAGGGCAUUAGUCGGUCUUCCCUAGUUCCCGACGUGACAGCAUCGCAGAAGUUUCACCCGGAAUAUUAUCAUCUCCCCGAUGCCGUCCUUUACUACGACUCGCUUAUCCGGAACGCUAUAACACAAGCGCCUCGCGCCGCGAUACUCGAACACGCCCGUUUGAAUCACGUCACCCGCCGCGCGUUACAGCAAAUCCUCGAGAACGUGACUCUCGCUCCGAACCGCACGCACCGCAAGAACCCUCUGGACGGACUUAACUACUACACGGGCGGGUGGGACCCAGCCAACAAGGACUACUGGGCGUCCGUGGUGUGGUCGGUGGUGUACGCUCCGCUGCUCGGGCUGCUCUGGCUAAUUCUGGGCCUCGGGAUUGUCGGAUUCUCGCUGCUCACCUGCCUGUGCUGUCGCGACAAGUGGACCGAGAUGAGGGACCCCAAAUACGCCAAGUACACCAAGAAGGACCUCUGGGUGCCGCUGGGGUUCAUGCUCCUCGGGAUUGUCGCCGUGCUGGUGGGUUUCUCGGUGAUGGUAGCAGGAGGAGUGAAGCUGCACAACGACGUGAACACAGUCACACAGUAUGUGACAGAGCAGGUUGACUUCACAGCCAGUGUGAUCUACAACCUCUCCAACAUUGUGGAAACGAGCUCCUCCAUCACCGUCGCCAACGCCGUCAUUCCGGCUGACAAGAAGGCGGACAUUGAAGCCAAGGCGAGGAAGGCAAACGAGACAGCCACGGAGCUGCAGGCCAAGACAGCAGACGGCAUCAACCUCAUCAACAACGGCCUGCGAGUCCUCUCCAUCACAUUCUACACCAUCGGAUGCAUCAUCACCGCCCUUUGCAUCCUCGCCCUAUUGUUUUCUCUUCUCAAAUGGGUCGUAGCGUCCAACAUCUUCCUCACUCUAAUCUGGGUGGUGGUUUUCUUGACGUGGUGCAUGACAGCUGGCCUACUUAUAGCAUACCUGGUGAAUGGCGAUACCAGUGUGGCACUGGAGCAGGUGCAGCAAUCCCCCACCAUCAACAGCGCCAUGGACAAAUACCUGCACUGCAUCCCCAGCGAGAAGCUCCUGAAUGCCACGCGCUAUGCUCGCUACACCGCUGCCACCGUGCUCACAACUGCCAACAGCUCCGUGGCCAGCAACGCUCCUAGGGUAUUCAAGAUUCUAGGAGUGCCGGGUGGCAUCUGUGUGCCGUACGGCCCGGCGCCCAAUUUCACGCGCGACACGAGCCUCUGCGUUCAAGGCGAAACCAUCCUCUUCCCGCAGUUUGUGAACAAGCUUAUGACGACAGCUGGCAGCUCUGCAUUGGUGCCGGAGGUGGUACGGAACGACCUCACAGCCACGGCACAAACACUCGCGCUGCUCGAAUCCACCAUCCCCAACGUGCUCACCCUCGUUGACUGCUCCUACGUCGCCAACAUUGCUGCGUCAAAGGUCAAGGUGGUGAGGAACGACCUCACAGCCACGGCACAGACGCUCGCGCUGCUCGAAUCCACCAUCCCCAACGUGCUCACCCUCGUCGACUGCUCCUACUGUUCCUACGCGCAAGCAAUGAUAACCAAUUUCCAGAUGCUCUGGAUUGGCUUCCUGGUCAUCACCAUCGCCUGCAUGAUGCAGGCCCUCUCCAUGCCUAUCUACGUCUUCCGAGCCGUCAGGAUCGGCGACAAGCUCAGCGACGCCGAAAUCGAGGGGCUGUACAAGGCUUCAGCUGUCCCAGUAGCAUACCCAACAGGUGGAGGACCUGAGGGGCAGGCGCAAGCGAACGAGCCUAGCUUUGCAGAAGGCUCGGGUGGCUCAUACUAUGAAGGCGAAAGCGGCGCCAGUUACAAGUGA